AUGGAACCAGUUAGCAUGGGGAUCAAAUCAACCCAGCAAUCUGCUGAUCCUCUCCCAUUCGCAAGAAGUUACCAACUAGAAGCACUGGAUGCAGCAAUUAAGCGCAAUACCAUCGUGUUCUUGGAGACUGGCUCUGGGAAAACUCUUAUUGCCAUAAUGCUUCUUCGGAGCUAUUCCCAUAUGCUCCGAAAACCUUCUCCAUUUAUUUCCAUCUUCUUGGUUCCCCAAGUUCCCUUGGUUAAGCAGCAAGCGGAUGCAGUCAAAAUGCACACCGACUUGAGUGUUGGUAUGUAUUGGGGAGACAUUGGAGUCGACUUCUGGGAUGCUGAUAUGUGGAAGCAGGAAAUUGAAAAAUAUGAGGUGCUUGUGAUGACUCCCGCCAUAUUGCUUAAUAAUUUGAGGCAUAGCUUCUUCAAACUAAGCAUGAUAAAGGUUUUGAUAAUGGAUGAAUGCCAACAUGCGAGGGGUAACCAUCCAUAUGCUUGUAUAAUGAAGGAAUUUUUUCAUCAUCAGUUACAAUUUGGUCCCUCUGAUCUUCCAAGAAUAUUCGGAAUGACUGCUUCCCCCAUAAAAUCAAAAGGCGGAAAGCAAGAAUUAUCCUAUCAGAAAGCAAUACAUGAACUUGAGACACUAAUGAAUUCAAAGGUGUAUACAUGUGUUAGUGAAACUGUGCUUGCUGAGUUUGUACCAACUUCAACUCCCAAGUUUAGAACAUACAGACGCUGGGAGAUUCCAUCUGCCUUGUAUACAUGCUUAACAAAGCAAUUGAAGAACUUGAAAGAAAAGCAUGAAUUGUCGAUAAGAAGUUUGGACCGUGGUGAAUCUUCACAAUCCAUAAGCAAAAAGAUGAUGAAGUUCUUUUCAGCUUUAACUUUUUGUUUGGAAGAAUUUGGUGUUUGGUUUGCUUCAAAGGCGGCAUGGUGGUUUUCACACAGCGAAACUGACUUCUUUACGUGGGAGAAGCUAGAUGUGAUGGGUGAGAGAAUUGUCAGAAGUUUCAGUUUAGAAGCCUACAAGGCAUUUGCAUAUUUUCUACCGUCUGAUCCAAACUGGACGAUCGCUGGUGAUGUCACAGACAAUAUGAACAAGGGGUUCUUAAGUUCUAAAGUUGUCUGCCUCAUUCAGUUGCUUCUUGAAUACAGGGGCUUACCAAAUUUGAGAUGUAUAGUUUUUGUUGAAAGGGUCAUCACAGCAGUUGUUCUAGAAUCUUUGUUGAAUGAAUUUCUUCCUGAACAUAAUGACUGGAAGUCAAAGUACAUUGCUGGAAAUAACAGUGGGAUGCAAUCCCAAACCAGAAAAUAUCAGAAUGAGAUAGUUGAAGGAUUUCGGAAUGGCAUGGUGAACAUUAUUGUUGCAACAUCGAUUCUUGAAGAGGGUUUAGACGUUCAAAGCUGCAAUUUGGUUAUUAGAUUUGACCCUUGUUCCACUGUUUGUAGCUUCAUACAGUCUAAAGGCCGUGCAAGGAUGGAAAACUCAGAUUAUGUAUUAAUGGUGGAGAGUGGAGAUUUGAAUACAUAUUCUCGACUACAAAAUUAUCUUACAAGUGAAGAUAUAAUGAGAAAGGAGUCCCUACGACAUUCUUCUCUUCCUUGCACUUCACUGGAUAUCGAUUUCCAGAAUGAUGGCUCUUAUAGGGUUGAAAGCACUGGAGCAACCUUGACCCUAGAUUCUUCUAUUAGUUUGAUAUACUUCUACUGCUCUAGGCUACCUUCUGAUGGAUAUUUUAAACCUGCUCCGAGGUGGGAUGAGGAGACCUGCAUUCUACAUCUUCCUAAGAGCUGUCCAAUACCUUUUGUUCAUGAAGGAAGUGGUAAAGCUCUAAAGAAGAUUGCAUGCUUUGAAGCUUGCAAGCAACUUCACAAGAUUGGUGCUUUAACGGAUAGUCUGGUUCCAGAUGUUGUGAUGGAAAAAGCCCAACAAGAGUUUGAGUGUGAGCCUUAUGAUGAAGAACAAUCAUGUUAUGUCCCAAGUGAAUUGGUCAAAACUUGCUCAAAUGAUGAUACUAUGUUGUAUCACCAGUACAUAAUUGUGCUGGAUCAGACUUUUGACUAUGAGAUUCCAGUUAAAGAUUUUGUGCUCUGCAUGAGGACUAAGCUCGAUUUUGAAAUUGCAAAUUGGCAUUCUGAGUUAGAAUUUGGCAGCGGUUGUUUAACAGUGAACUUCAAAUAUGGUGGUGAGAUUCAUUUGAAUGCAGAGCAGGUACUCAACUGUAGAAGAUUUCAAGUCACAAUUUUCGGAAUUCUAAUUGAUCACAACUUGGAUAAGUGGAAUGAAGUUUUUGAUGGACUUUCUUUGAGAGAAAGUCUUGGCGUUGAUUAUUUGUUGCUCCCAGGGACCAGAGUGAGACCUUCGAUUAUUGAUUGGCAAUGUGUUAGAUCUGUGUUAUUUUCACGUGGAGAAUAUGUUAAGGAACACAUAGAUUGUUCUCUACCCAAUGGUUGUUCCCAUGCUGUACAGACCAAAAACAGUGUGGUUUGUACUUGCAUGAUUCAAAAUUCCUUGGUGUAUACUCCUCAUAACGGUAGCUUGUAUUACAUCACUGGGGUAUUGGAUGAGUUGAAUGGGAACUCACUUCUGCGGCUUAGUGAGGACAAAGUUCUUACAUACAAGAACUACUUUGAAGCACGGCAUGGGAUUAACUUGUGUUAUGAUACACAGUCGUUGCUGAAAGGGAGACGCAUUUUUCGUGUGCAAAGGCAGGUCCCUAGGGGUGGGCAGCAGACAGAAAAAGAAUCAAAAGAAAUAUAUGUGGAGUUGCCUCCUGAGCUGUGUUCUAUAAUCAUGUCGCCCAUAUCAAUCAGUACUUUAUACUCGUUCUCAUUUGUUCCGGCCAUCAUGCAUCACUUGGAGGCUGUACUUCUUGCUGUUAAUCUGAAAAGAAUGCUUCUGGAUCAGUGCUUGCCGAAUGUCAUUAUUCCAACCAUUAAGGUCCUGGAAGCUAUUACCACAAAGAAGUGCCAAGAAAAAUUGCAUUUGGAAUCCCUAGAGGCUCUUGGGGAUUCAUUUCUUAAAUAUGCUGCUAGCCAGCAGCUUUUUAGGACUUGUCAAAAUAACCAUGAAGGCCUUCUAAGUGUAAAGAAAGACAGAAUAGUUUCUAAUGCUGCGCUUUGCAAGCUUGGUUGCGACCGCAAACUUCCGGGUUUUAUUCGUAAUGAGCCUUUCGAUCCAAAGAAAUGGAUUAUACCUGGAGACUUUUCUGGACCUUGUUCAUUAAAGGAGGAGUUGCUUUCUAGUGAAAGAAAAAUCUACAUCAGGGGAACAAGGAGGAUUAAAAGCAAGAGAAUUGCUGAUAUUGUCGAGGCACUUAUUGGUGCAUUCCUUGUCACGGGUGGUGAAAUGGCUGCGGUAUACUUUAUGAAUUGGGUAGGUAUAAAGGUAGAUUUUACCUAUAUUCCAUAUGACAGGAACUUUCCAGUGCAGCCAGAGAAGCUCAUCAAUGUCAAAGUUUUGGAGAAGAAACUUAACUACUCAUUUCAUGAUCCUUCUCUCCUGGUGGAAGCACUGACUCAUGGUUCUUACAUGCUCCCUGAGAUCCCAGGAUGUUAUCAGCGGUUAGAAUUUCUUGGGGAUGCAGUUUUAGAUUACCUGAUCACUAUUUAUCUGUACAACAAAUAUCCUGGGAUGUCGCCAGGAGUUUUAACUGAUAUGAGGUCUGCUUCAGUGAACAAUGAUUGUUAUGCUCGAUCUUCUGUGAAGGCUGAAUUGCACAAGCACAUCCUCCAUGCUUCACAGAAACUCCACAGGGAAAUAGUUCACACAGUUGAUAACUUUGAGAAGUUACACACAGAAUCAACUUUUGGAUGGGAAUCUGAGACUUCUUUCCCCAAGGUACUAGGAGAUAUUAUUGAGUCUCUAGGAGGGGCAAUUUUUGUCGAUUCCGGAUACGAUAAGAAUGUCGUAUUUCAGAGUAUACGUCCUCUCUUAGAGCCCUUAAUUACUCUGGAAACGAUGAGGCUCCAUCCUGCUAGGGAGCUGAAUGAAUUUUGUGCAAAAAUGCAUUAUGACAUGAAGAAGCCAUUAAAAUCAUUUGAAAAUGAUGUGGCUACCAUUACUAUUGAGGUCGAAGCUAAUGGGGUCACGUACAAGCAUACAUCAAAAGCUUCUGAUAAGAAGACGGGAAUUAAAUUAGCCAGCAAAGAAGUUCUGAGGUCGUUGAAAGAGAGUUCUCAUUCAUCAGUAUGAACUAUAGAAAGUGGCUCCUGUGAAGGAUGUAAAUCACAGUCGUGACAUAGUGAUGUAUUCAAGUCUGCUGCUUUCUAUUUUUCAGGUGUGCAUUGUAGCUGCAAAAUUAUGGCAACAUACAGUAUGUGUCAUAAUUUGAUGGAGGUAUCAUAUAUGGGUUAAUGGGUAUAUAUAGUCAUAUCAUUGCUUUCUCAAUCUUUAAUUACAGCUAAUUUAUGAGUUACUGGAAAAAUUAGUUACAAAUCUUACGAUUGACCAUGUGUUGCUUUCAAAUCUCAUCUGAAGCAAAUGAAAAUGUCAAUCCGGUAUGCAGAUGUGGUAACUUCUUCGGUUAUAGGCAAGCAUAGCGAUUAUGUUUUGACAAAGGUGCCUAAAUGUAAAUCAUGGUAGGCUAGCUUGUUUUUUUUUUUCUGGUACAAAACCAGUUUUAGCAGUUCUGUUUUGACUACAUUAAAUAGCAUAACUAAUGACUCAAAUUGAUUCUU